UUCCCCUGCGCAUCCUAUGACCGCCGCUUGGGCAGCCCCAGGACCUGCCGCGCGAUGCCCAACCCAGCUGCCCACCUGCCCUUUUACUAUGGCAGCAUCUCCCGCUCGGACGCUGAGGAGCAUCUCAAGCUGGGCGGAAUGAUGGACGGCCUUUUCCUGCUGCGCCAGUGCCUUCGCAGCCUGGGCGGCUACGUGCUGUCAGUCACCCACAACCUCCGAUUCCACCACUACCCCAUCGAGCGGCUGAUGAACGGCACCUUUGCCAUCGCGGGCGGCAAGGCGCACUGCGGCCCCGAGGAGCUCUGCGAGUUCUACUCCAAGGACGCUGACGGGCUCUGCUGCCCGCUCAAGAGGCCGUGCAACCGCCCCGGAGGCCUCGAACCCCAGCCGGGCAUCUUCGACUCCAUCCGAGAGAACAUGGUGCGGGAAUAUAUCCGGCAGACGUGGCAGCUGGAGGGGGACACCCUCGAACAGGCCAUCAUCAGCCAGGCCCCCCAGGUGGAGAAGCUCCUGGCCACCACAGCCCACGAGAAGAUGCCCUGGUACCACGGCCCCAUCACUCGAGCGCAAGCAGAAAGCAGACUCUACUCAGGCUCACAGCCUGAUGGGAAAUUCUUGCUGAGAGAGAAAAAGGAGAAAGGCUCUUACGCUCUGUCCCUCAUCUACGGAAAGACGGUUUAUCACUACCGGAUCGGACAGGACAAAGCAGGGAAAUAUUCGGUGGAAGACGGAACCAAGUUUGAUACGCUGUGGCAGCUUGUGGAAUAUCUCAAACUGAAACCGGAUGGCCUGAUCUAUUAUUUGAGAGAAAGCACACCGAAUCCCGAUAUGCCAACAGAAACCGUGACGCCUGCCCCACCGGCUCACCCAUCUGCUCAACGGAGACUCGUAUCGCAAAACUCCGAUGGUUACACACCUGACCCCAUUGGCCGUGGGAAAAAGGGCCGGAUCCUGCCCAUGGACACGUCCUGCUACGAAAGCCCUUACAGCGACCCUGAGGAGCUGAAGGAGAAGAAGCUAUUCUUGAAAAGGAACAACCUGAUUGUUGAGGACAUGGAGCUGGGGGCAGGCAAUUUCGGCUCCGUCCGGAAAGGCGUUUACAAGAUGAAGAAGAAGCACAUCGACGUGGCCAUCAAGAUCCUGAAAAGCGGGAACGAGAAAGCCGAGAGGGACGACAUGAUGAAGGAGGCGCAGCUCAUGCACCAGCUGGACAACCCUCACAUCGUCCGCAUGAUCGGCGUCUGUGAGGCCGAGGCACUCAUGCUGGUGAUGGAGAUGGCCUCCGGAGGGUCCCUCAACAAAUUCCUCUCCUCUAAGAAAGAUGAAGUCCCCGUGAAUAAUGUGGUCGAGUUGAUGCACCAGGUGGCCAUUGGCAUGAAAUAUUUGGAAGAGAAGAACUUUGUCCACCGAGACCUGGCUGCCCGGAAUGUUCUGCUGGUCAACCAACACUACGCCAAGAUCAGUGAUUUUGGGCUGUCCAAAGCUCUGGCCGCUGAUGACAGUUACUAUCUGGCCAAGACGACAGGGAAGUGGCCGUUGAAGUGGUACGCCCCAGAGUGCAUCCUCUUCCGAAAGUUCUCCAGCAAGAGUGAUGUCUGGAGUUAUGGCGUCACGAUGUGGGAGGCGUUUAGCUACGGACAGAAACCCUACAAGAAAAUGAAAGGACCGGAGGUGAUAACAUUCCUGGAGGAAGGGAAGAGGAUGGAUUGCCCCCCCAAAUGCCCCCCCGAGAUGUACAAGCUGAUGCAGCAGUGCUGGACUUUCAAAUGGGAAGACCGGCCGGACUUUUCCACUGUGGAGACGCUCAUCCGCACCUAUUACUACAGCAUCGCCGCCCGGACGGAGGAAAGGCAAGAGGAGAAAGCGAAAACUACGCCCGAUUGAGCUCCGGACACCCACCCAAAUUCCUCUGCAGCCAAGACAUCUUUCCGCCUUUGGGAAGGGAUGCUUUGCAGGCUGCGCUGUUUCUCUGCGGCUGCAAAUCCAGAGUUGGUGGAGACCAAGCUCAGUUGGCCCUCGCCCAGGCCCACAACUGCCUGCCUUCUUGUGUGCAACCAGCCCUCCUGCCUGUCAGCUUCCUCCCUCAUCCUUGGUCUUGCACAGCUUCUCUGCCUCUCAUUGACUCUGGUGCCCCCUACUGGCGGUCCUCCUCUUGUACACUGCACACUGUUGAUCCAAAUUCAGUAGUGGCUCCAGGUUUCCCUCUCCCUUCCCCCUCCCUCAGCGAAUAUGAACGUGAGAGCCUGCUGGAUCAAGCCCAUCCAGUCCAGCAUCCUAUAUUCACAGUGGCCACCAUGCAAGCAGGAUCCGUGCGCAAGAGCCCCUUCCCCUCCUUCAGUUUCCG